AUGUCGAUGUUUCUAAAGAUAAUCAACAUGGAAAUCAACAAAGACCUCCAAAAGAAAUGCAACGCUUUCAAUAGCAUCUAUAACCGAAAGAUGAACAAUGUGGCUAGUGGGAGAUAUGAGGCUGAUGUUUUACAAUCUUCACUAAGUGUGUAUCAUAGGAUUAUUAAUCAGAAAGGUUUUCCUCAUCAGCAAGCUUGGGAGUGGUUUAAAGACAACACGAAAUGGGAGUUGGUUACAAAAGUUGCUGAAGACUCCCCACCUCCUUCUUCAAAACGAACCAAAACAUCUUCUUCCAACGCCUACACAUCAACUUAUGAUCAACAGUAUCCUCCUGGAUUCUCCCCCUAA